ACUCCAUUCAAUCCCGGUCUCCUUCCUUUCACACUUGCUCGAUCUCACUCCUCUAAAAUUCGACCACUUUUUCAGCCCAAAUCAAAGAAUCCCAGAAAAACCCACAUUUUAUAAAUCCCUCUUAGAUUAGAAAAAGAGGGACUGAGAAAAAUAUGGCAUUAAAUCCAAGAAUAUUGAAGGCAGGAUUGGGGCUAUUGGCAGUUUGUUUGGCAGCCUAUAUUUUAGGUCCACCAUUAUAUUGGCAAUUUAAGGAAGGUUUAGCAUCUGUCAAGCGUUCAUCAUCAUCUUCUUCUGCAUCUCCUUACACUACCUCAUCUGCGAUUUCUUGCCCUCCAUGCCACUGCGAUUGUUCUGCUCAGUCGCUUCCCUCCAUUCCCCAAGGUUUGAGCAAUAAUUCCUUUGCAGGUCAGUGCUCAGAUGCUCUCUCUCUUCUUUCUGUUUGGCUUUUAUGUAUAUGUGCCUCUCUUUAUGGUUCUAGAAAAUGCUUAAGCUAUGAAUAUGUGUACCCUCUUUUGUUUUUUUUGAGUUUUGUGGGAGGCAUGUUUAACUUUAAUGCUGAUUCUGAAUGUCUAGUAUAUUUUCACUUCGAAAUGAGACAUGGGUUUGGCAUCGUAAUUCUUGUUGUAAUGUCCUUCUAUAAAAAUUAAAGAGUGCCUGACACUUAGUGCAGGAUGUUUUGAAGUUCUGGGUGUUUAUAAAGCCAGUGCAAUUCUUGUUGUAAUGUCCUUCUAUAAAAAUUAAAGAGUGCCUGACACUUAGUGCAGGAUGUUUUGAAGUUCUGGGCUGUUUAUAAUGCCAUGGACUUUUAGGAAGAGCGACAGAAUAAGUUUUCAGCUGCAGUCACAGCUAAAAGGGUAGACAUGAGCAAUUUAGCAUCUAUUUUGCCUAGGUGGGGGGAUUUUUGGUAGAACAUGCUCCUGGUUUUAGAUUCAAUGCCUUCUGAAGGAGCCCUUAUGCUGUUUCUUGUGAAACCUCUGAGCCUGACACUGUUAACUUAUUAUAAUUCUUAUAUCAUUUACUAUCUAAUUGCAUGAUUUGGCAUGAUUACUCAAGAAUGUUU